GUUGUCACGGAACUAAUUUAACAAUGGGAAAAAAUUUGCAUUUUCCUAGACAAUGCAAAUGGCCUUCGGAUCAAAAAACAAGUGAUUUACAACUAGCCAUUACAUCCGCUGGAACUAAUCGUAAUGAUACUGUUAUAGUUGGAUAUCUAUUGAAUUAUUAUUCUGAUAACGCGAUGAAUAAUGCUGGUUGGAUGACUACUGUAUCUCAAGCACUCCCAGACUUAUAUGAUCAUAACAUGG